AUGGCCGACGAUGGCAUGUUGAUGAACUUUGUCAUUCCCGACGCUCCAAUCAUUAUCAAAAAGCCAAUACAAGGAGGACGUUGGAAGGAUCGAUUAGCAGCAAAACGGGAAGCUCGAGGCCCACGACGUACGGAGCAACCCCACGAGCGAGAUAUAUUCAAUGAGCGACGGCACGAGCCUAGAACGGAGGAGUACAUUGGCCCCGGGGCUUCUGCGCGACCCGCGAAAAGACAAAGAGUUGAACCAGUUGCUCGGAAAGACGACCCAAAUAUUGCGACAUUUGUUUCUGGGAAACUUCCGCCUGGAAGUAUAAAAGUUGGCGGAUCGCGCAACACAACUUUUCAAGAAGAAACCAGACCCGCGUUUGUGGCUGGUAAGCUCCCCCCUGGGAGCAUAAACAUUGGUGGUUCUCGAAGUAGAGCAAUCCAGGAAGAAACCAGGCCUGCGGUGGUAUCUGGAAAACUACCUCCGGGGAGCAUAAAGAUUGGGGGAAACCAAAGUACCACAUUUCAUGACGAUGAUCGACCGUCAUAUGCCUCAGGUGGAAAUAGUAGUCGAACAAGAAAUAAAGAUGCGCCUGUUGGAAAACCAGAUCAGAUUAUUUCCUCUCUGUUUACGUUCAACCCAGCGUCGAAGAAGACAUUUGACGAUCCUGUAGAGGAAUCAGAACCCGCGAAACCUUCGAAUGCACCGCUCACUGAGGAAAUGGAGACCUUUACUAAUUUGGGCCUUUCAAGGCGACUAGCUGCGCACUUGUCAACCAAGAUGGACAUGAACGCCCCAACUGCAAUUCAAAAAGCAGCGAUCACUCAAAUGCUGAAAGACGAUAGCGAUGCCUUUAUACAGGCAGAAACUGGAUCUGGCAAAACAUUGGCAUACUUGCUUCCCAUUGUGGAACGACUGAUAUCUAUGAGCACGGCAGAUGUACAAGUUCAUAGAGAUUCAGGUCUUUUCGCAAUUGUUCUAGCGCCUACACGAGAGUUGUGCAAGCAAAUUGCAUCAGUGCUAGAGAAAUUAUUGAGAUGUGCCCCGUGGAUUGUCGGCACAACAGUAAUUGGUGGCGAAAGUAAACAGUCCGAAAAGGCAAGAUUACGCAAAGGUGUGAACAUACUUGUGGCGACUCCAGGAAGACUGGCAGAUCAUCUCGAUAAUACAGAGGUUCUGAGAGUGAACCAAGUCCGAUGGCUGGUUUUAGAUGAAGGAGAUCGACUCAUGGAACUUGGGUUCGAGGAGGAAAUCAAGGGCAUUGUGGAAAAGAUUGGCCGAAGACCGCUUGACGUUCAACGGGCCAGUGGAUUGGAUCUCACGGCUUUGCCGACCAAAAGAAUCACGGUUCUCUGCUCAGCAACGAUGAAAAUGAAUGUUCAGCGACUGGGCGAGAUCAGUCUGAAGGAUGCUGUUCAUAUUCAAGGUGAUCCGUCUGAAGAGGAUACUUCAAAGAAGCCCAAAACCGACGAGGAGGCUGAUGAUAAAGCAUUUUCGGCACCAGCACAACUCAAACAAGCUUACGCUAUUGUCCCCGCCAAACUGCGACUAGUUACGCUUACUGCUAUUUUGAAGCGAGCUUUUGCUCGAAGAGGUUCUGUGAUGAAGGCAAUCGUAUUUAUUUCUUGUGCGGAUUCAGUGGAUUUUCAUUUCUCUAUGUUUAGUAGGCCAUUGGAAGCAUCUGAAGACGAUGAUUCCCCUGGUGAGCUUCCCGAGAUCACAAAAACCGAGUUGACAAAAGACACAAUUGCCCACGGCACGACCUUCUCGAGCAAAACCAACGGUGUCAUUCUUCACAAGUUGCACGGAUCCUUGGCGCAAAACAUACGUACUGCAGCUCUCAAAGCUUUUACCCAGUCCAAUGAACCCUGUGUGUUGAUUUGUACCGAUGUCGCUUCUCGUGGUCUCGAUUUGCCCAAUGUUGACUAUGUCAUCGAGUACGAUCCACCGUUUAGUGCUGAUGACCAUCUACAUCGAGUUGGCCGAACCGCAAGAGCUGGUCGUGAAGGUCGAGCAUUAAUCUUCUUAAUGCCUGGAGAAGAAGAGGAAUAUGUUUCAAUACUGAGCUCCGGCUACAGAGACGGCAAAAGAUCUCUUACACACCACACGUCCGAAGAUUUGCUACGGAAAGGCUUUGGUGGUAUUGGGAGAGAUUGGGAGGAACGUGCAACGGAGUGGCAGCUUGAGGUUGAGAGAUGGACUUUGGACUCCCCAAAAUAUCUUGAGAUGGCACGGCGUGGAUAUCAAAGUCACAUUCGGGCUUAUGCUACCCAUGUGGCCAACGAGCGUCACAUUUUUAAUAUGCAAUCUUUGCAUCUUGGCCACCUGGCAAAGGCAUUUGCGCUAAGAGAUAAGCCUGGAAGUAUCAAGGUCCCUGGACUGCGACCUGCGAAGAUGACCAAGGCAGAUAGAAGUGUAGCGGCUAGGAAAGCGAAGAGGGGUGAAGUUGAGGACAAGGUCGUGGGAGAGAUGGAGAGGAAACAGAAGAAACUGGAACUUGAUAUGCCGACAGUAGAUGGCAAUAACGCUGCGAGAUUGAUGAAGAGAAAGGCAAAGGAACACGCAUCAGCGGCCUCGGAAUUCAAUAUUGGAUAG